AUGGACAUCACAGUAGGACCGCCGCCGCCGCCGCCGCCGAAGCGGCCUAGCCACCUUCCCCGACAGAGCUGGCAAUUCGUGGCGUCCGAGCGGACCAGACACUCCAUAGACCCCGCGACGGGCGAAGCGCUGUACGAGGUCCCCGUGGCCACCAGAGACGACCUCGACCUGGCCGUCCAACAUGCUCGCGAGGCGUUCACCGCAUGGUCCAAGACGGCAUUUGCCGAGCGAUCCAGGCUUCUUCUGGCCUUUGCCGACGCCAUCGAGCAGAAUCGGCACGAGUUGGAACAGCUGUUGACCAUGGAGCAGGGCAAGCCGCUUUCCCUAUCCCACCAGGAGCUCGACAUGACGCUCGCGUGGCUUCGAACCUUUGCGACCAUGGAAGUCAAGGAAGAAGUCGUCGAGGACGUCGAGGAGCGGACCAUCUACGCCACCUUUCCUCCCUUGGGUGUCUGCGGAGCCAUCAUCCCCUGGAACUGGCCCAUCCUGCUCGGCAUGGGCAAGGUCGGGCCGGCGCUCAUGACGGGCAACGUCAUGAUCGUGAAGCCGUCCCCGUUCACGCCGUACUGCGACCUCAAGCUCGGCGAGCUCGGCAUGUCCAUCUUCCCACCCGGCGUCUUCCAGGUCCUCAGCGGCCACGACGAGCUCGGCCCGUGGAUGACGGAGCACGGCGGCAUCGACAUGAUUUCCUUCACCGGCUCCAUCCCCACGGGCAAGCGAGUGGCGGCGAGCUGCGCCAAGACGCUGAAGCGCUACGUGCUGGAGCUGGGAGGCAACGACGCGGCCGUCGUGUGCGAGGACGUGGACGUGGCCAAAUGCGUGCCGAAGAUUGCCAUGAGCUCGUUCCUGAACUCGGGGCAGAUCUGCAUGCUCACCAAGCGCAUCUACGUCCACGAGGAGAUAUACGACCAGUUCCGAGACGCCAUGGUCGAGUUCACCAGGGCAAAGGUCAAGACGGGCGCCGGCUUCGAGCCCGACGUGGUCGUCGGCCCGGUGCAGAACCGCAUCCAGUUUGACCUGGUCAAGGACAUGUACUCGCAGAUCGACGCGUGCCGGUGGCGGACGGCGCUCCGGGGCGAGGUGCGGUCGUCGUCCAAGGGCUACUUCAUCGAGCCUGCCAUCAUCGACAACCCGCCCGAGGACUCGCGCAUCGUCGUCGAGGAGCCCUUUGGGCCCAUCGUGCCGCUGCUCAGGUGGACCGACGAAGACGACGUGCUGCGGCGGGCCAACGGGCUGCGCACGGGGCUCGGCGCCUCCGUCUGGAGCCGCGACGUCGAGCGGGCCGAGAGGAUGGCUCGGCAGCUGAGCGCCGGCAGCGUCUGGGUGAACUCGCACUUUGACGUGGCGCCCCACGUGCCUUUUGGCGGCCACAAGGAGAGCGGCGUCGGCGUCGAAUGGGGCAUCGAGGGCUUCAAGCAGUACACAAACUCGACGAGCCUAUGGGUGUGGAAGAAGGUAUUUGAUUGA